AUGCUUGAUCGCCCAAAUGUUUCUACCAUCUCUUCAGUAUUUUCGAAUUAUGACCCACAAGCUCAAACCAUCUCAGCAAUGAACUCGACAUCAGCACUUAUCCUCUUCCUCACGACGCUCUUGUGCAUCACCCCCUCGCUCGCCCAUCCGGCGUUCCCAUCUCUGGUGGAAGCUAUACCGACUCGCUCUCCAUCUUUCCCAACGGCUAUUCCCAAUCAAGCUUCGACAACCAGUUCAGCUCCAGGUCUGCUCAACGGAACCGAUUGCGAUGCACAUGACAAAGUUUACCAGGCCGCGAAAUGGAUGCUGAUUAUCACCUUCGCGGAGGUUAAUAUCCUCGGGUUAUUUUUGGCUUGGAAGUAUGUUAAGGGAACUGCUAAGCCGCCACCUCCUCCACCACCUGCAGUGAAGAAGGAGGGCUAG